AAAAAACAACGGAAAGAAUUCACCAAAAGGACAUCUGAUAAGGGUGGUGUCGCUGCGCGCGCGACAACCUAUCAGUCCGCUCUUCUUGCUGGCUUCUUGCUCCGUUCUAGCGUGUAAUCAUCAUCGGUCACCGCCGCGGCACCGUCGGCUCCAACACCACCAGCAUCCUCAUCAGCAAGCCAGCCGCCAACCCGCCGUUUGUUGUGUGCCGUGAGCUAGUUUCGCUAUAGGGUGCGGUCAGGGCCAAAAAUACCAACAAACCGAGAUCAUUCGUUAUGCUGGCUGGCUGGCUGGCUGGUUGGGUGGUGCUGCUGCUGCCGGUUCGUUCUGCUGCACCGCGACGCCUUUUCCCACAGUGUGCCCGGCUGUCCAUCGCGGCGGCCCCACAUCCGGUUGCGGCGCUUGUAGUGCUUCGUGCGUGCGUGUCAAUAUUCUAGUGCCGCCCCUGGUCGCCCGUCUCGCGGUUUACACUGCGCCACCCACGGCAAUCGAUAGGUCAAUCCUUAUCGAACAAGCAAAUCGAAUCAAAUCGACCAAAUUGAAAGGCCCUCGGAUGGGCGGCGGGCGGAUUGUUUGGAGAAAGUAGCGCCACGACUACUACCAAGCGACCACACUACCGCGGUCGUCCUGUGGUUCCAGUCCGUUGUUCCGCUUUCGUUCUCUACCACCCCACCUCCUCAUUCCGGCGUUCGUGGUUUGUUAUCUGGUGCUCUAGUUACGUGCGCGACGAUUUCCGCAUCGCAGUAGCCCGGGGCACUUUGUAAAGGAGUUGAAGGAAGUGCGCCGCACCAAAUCACGUCGUGAACAGGGGAAGUGAAGUGAGGUGUGUGAAGCCGCACCGUAGCAGGCGCUCUGCAAAAGAAGAAGCAGCAGCUGAAGAAGAAAGGGUGGAAGCUUCGUCAUGCUUCGUGAAGGAAUCGCCCCAUUUCCUGUGCCGCCGUGUGUCUGUGUGUAGUGGUCACGUUGGUAGUGCGCAAAGGGCAGACUGCUUGCUGCUAGUGGCAACAAGUGCAACCAGCAACCAGCAACCAGCAACUAGCCAACUGCGACCGCGACCCAGCGGCGACAACUAGCCGAGGAACAACCCGCGCGCGCGAGCCCGAGGAAGCAGCGCUGUCCGCGAGAUAAAGCAUCGAGCCAUCAUCGGCGGUGCUCUGCAUUAAUUAUUGGAACAGCCGCGUGCGCGACCGCACAGACGUUGUGGAGCGGUAGGAAGAAGCAGCAUCAUCAUUAAUAGGAUUCGUCAUCACCACCGCUCGGUUGGUGGGGCAAGCUUGGGCGUUUCUGUGACAAAGGCAAUUGCUGCUCCAACACGAACGCCAUCGAGGAUGAUGAUAGCGGGUCUAACAAGGCAGCAGCAGCAGCAGCAGCAGUAGUGAUCGCGCAUCGGCUUCACUGCGCCAGAGAGAAAUAAUCCGUUCUGUGGGCAACCGACCAGCAGUAGCCAACGUAGCCGAAGCAAUGGAAAGCCCUCGUAAUGAGUCGAAAAUGUCGCGUCUCGCCGAUUACUUCGUGAUCGUUGGCUACGACCACGAGAAAGAGCGGACGGGUUCGCGGACGGGCAAAAUUCUGCAAAGAUUUCCGGAGAAAGAUUGGCCCGAUACACCGUUCAUCGAGGGGAUAGAAUGGUUCUGUCAACCGCAAGGAUGGGCACUGUCGACGGUACGCCAGGAACCACAGUUUUUCGUGUCCGUACUGACGGAUAUGGACGGCAAUCGGCAUUACUGUGCUUGCUUGAGCUUUAACGAAACGAUCGCCAUUACGCCCAGCAAACCGAUCGACGAGGAGGAAGAGGACGACAGUUUAUCACCGUCGUCGAGUGGUGGCGCCGCGGUUCUGGCAGUAUCGGGACCACCAUCGAUCACUCACCACAGCAUCAUGUACGCACCGAAGUGUCUGGUGAUCGUUUCGCGGCUCGAGUACAUCGAAGCGUUUCGCAACUGUCUUGGGACGAUCUAUACCGUCUACCUGGAGAGCCUCAAGUAUCAGCUGCACUACCUUAUCGGUAGCAUUCUCGGGUGUAUCCAGGUGCCACCACCCGGUGGUCCACCGGUACGCUUCUCCAUCGGUGCCGGUGAUAAGCAAAUCCUGCAGCCACCGCUCUCCAACACGCUACCGGUCACAGGGUCGUGCGUUAGCUUGCUGUUCCAUCAGCUUGGCAUCAAGAACGUGAUGCUGUUGUUCUGUGCGGUCAUGACGGAGCACAAAAUACUGUUUCACUCGACGAGCUACACCCGGCUGACAGAUAGCUGCCGGGCGUUGACGGCUCUGAUGUACCCGUUCCGCUACAGCCUCGUGUACAUUCCCAUUCUGCCGGCUUCGCUGCUGGAGGUGUUGUCGAUGCCGACGACCUUCAUCAUGGGCAUACACAGCUCGCUGCGCAGUGAGAUCAGUGAGAUACUUGAUGUGAUCGUGGCCGAUCUCGACGGUGGAUCGAUACACAUUCCCGAAUCGUUGGUACCACCGGUGGCGCGCCUGCCUACUUCGCUUUGGGAUUCGA